GCCCCACGGCCGGGAUGGAUGCGCAGAUUCGAUCUAAUCCCCGGUGAAAUCCCUCGAAAUCUCGCCUCUCCAGCGGCAAGAAUCUCGAUAUUUCGCGGCAAGAAUGCAUGGCGCGAGCGAUAGAGGAAGAGGAGGAGGCGAGGAGGACGAGGACGAGGAAGAGAGCCAGCAGCAGCUUUUGAUCCCUGGCUUGCCGGACGAUCUGGCGAUGCGAUGCCUAGCCCGGGCGGCUCGGCAGGAUCACAGCGCCCUGAGGUCCGUGUGCCGGCGAUGGUGCCAAAUCUUCACCAGCGAGCAGCUGCCAGCGCUGCGGCGGGGGUUGGGCGUGGUGGAGGGAUGGCUCUACGCUCUCAGCAGGGACAAGUCGGAGUGCCUUUCCUGGCACGUCUUGGAUCCCUCCAAGCGCAAGUGGAUGGAGCUGCCGCGAUUGCCCGAGGAUCUGGCAGGGAAAUUCGGCCUCACUUGCGCGGUGCUGGGCCGGGAGCUCUUCGUCAUGGGUGGCUGUGAUAAGUACGAAGAGCCCACCGCCGAGGUGUGGCGAUACGACGCUCUCAAGAACAGAUGGUCCGGGGCUCCACGCAUGGAAGUCGCGCGAUGCCACUUCGUCAGCGGCUCCUCCAGCGAUCGUCUCUACGCGAUCGGUGGCAUGGGACUAGUUUCGGGAGCUCUCACUUCGUGGGAGAUUUUCGACAAGGAGAAGAACCACUGGUCGCUCUACAACGAUCCAAACAUCGUCUCGGACUUGGGCGAGUCGCUGGUGCUGGACGGAAGGAUUUACGUGCGGCAUGCCAGCCCGGGGAUCAUUCCGCCAUUCUACGCCGCGGUGUAUGAUCCACAGGCGAAUGCGUGGGACGCUCUCGACAAUCAAAUGACCCGGCAGUGGUGUGGCCCGGCUGUGGCAGUCGGGGGCGACGUUUACAUGCUCGACCAGACUCUGGGGAUCAAGCUCAUGGUGCUCAACAGGGCUACUGGGGAAUGGAACACGGUUGGCAGGCUUUCUCCUCAUUCCAUUCGGACUCCUUGCCGGAUCGCCGCUGUUGGGAAGAACCUAUAUGUUGUAGGACGCGGGCUCAAGACCAUGGUCUUGAACUUAGAGGAGGCAGGGAAGCACAGGGGGCUGCUGGUGACUUCUUCCAUAGAAGGGCUUCGGUCAGUGGACGAUGUAGUUGUGAGCUGCAACGUCAUUGAGCUCUAGAGGUUUAGAUUACAGGUAGAGGGGAAAACGCAGGACACUUGCGACACAGGUUCAGGUUAUCACCGCAGGAAGGGAAACAUGGAUUCUUACCACUUCGAUGGCUAUCAGGCGAAGCGAAGCCACUCGACAAUUUAUAUACAAGUAUGGUGGUCUUCUUCGGGAUUGUGGGGUUAUACUGGAGGGCGACGAGUUCAUGAGAAGCGGGUCAGGUUUCUGGGGAACUUUUUGGUAGAAGUGUGAUCGCUUGGAGGAGUUUUGGACAGGAUGCGAACGAAAAUGUAAUGGCUUCUGUCUGGCUCCGGCUCUUGGGAAGUGUCACUCCAUCAAUCUCGGCUCUUUAGAAGCGGUCUUUGGGAAAGCUUGGGCCAGAGAUGCCAACAGGUUCUUGGACGACGAGCAGGAACAGGUUCUUGUAGACGCGUGUGGAAGCCUUGGAUGACUAGCAGCAGAGGCGAGAGCUGUGCAUGGUGUGGAUCAUAGCUCCGUGCGUCACUUCGUCACCAUGUCACGAGCUCUAUGACGCGUUCUACGUUACACAGGCUAUCGGUGAGAUCGACCGAGAAGCUCUCGAGCUUCAUGGAUAAAGUUUUAUGCAAGCUAAAGCUUUCUGAAACCAUGGGAUCGUCGUUAACGCUGGUGGCCUUCAGAUGAUCGCUUUUGGAAAUAAGCUUUCAAUUAAUUUAUUGGUCAAAACCAAAUUUGGAAA